AUGGCUGAUCAAAUCCUUUCCAUAGCUGGCCUUGAGGCGGCAGCUUCUAGCUCACUCCCAACUUCUGUGAAAGAUUUCUUCAACUCCGGAGCUACAAACGAGGUCACCCUUCGCGAUAAUUCAGCUGCAUAUGGCAAAUAUCGCCUACUGCCGCGAGUCUUGAAGGACGUGUCUCGCGUUGACCCAAGCAUAUCAAUGUUUGGUAGCCAGAUCUCGUUCCCGCUAUGCAUUGCACCAGCCGGUAUUCAGGCAAUGGCUCAUCCGGAUGGAGAGCUAGCGACAAGCAGAGCAUGCGCCAAAAUGGGUGUCGAUAUGGGCGUGUCGUCGUUUGCUAACUACUCGGUUGAGGAGAUAACAGAGGCUGGCAAGCAGGUGGGAGUCAUCCACCAUGUCAUGCAAUUGUAUUCCAUGAACGAUAAAGCCAAGCAGGAGCGCAUUGUCCGCCGUGCCGAGGCUGCCGGCUGCAAGGCGAUCUUUCUCACGGCAGACAGCCCUGUGCUUGGAGUUCGCUAUAAUGAAUGGCGAAAUGGGUUCAAGCCCCCUGCUGGGCUAGGGUAUCCGAUGUAUGAAAAGGCAUCGGAGGAAAUUCACUCGGAAUCCCACGACGAGGGGUUCAGUGCGUCGAAUUCGGACUCCCAUUCGUGGGCCAAGGAUAUCCCCUGGUUGCGCAGCAUUAGCGGCAUGGAAAUCUGGAUCAAGGGAGUUCUUGCCGCGGAGGAUGUUGAAACUGCCAUAGAAUACGGGUGCGACGGCGUCGUUAUUAGCAACCAUGGAGGCCGACAGCUAGACGAAACUCCGGCAACCAUUGAUGCGCUCCCAGCUUGCGCGAAAGCUGCCCGUGGGAGGAUCAGAAUCCAUGUUGAUGGAGGCAUUCGGUCCGGUGCCGAUAUUUUCAGGGCAUUAGCGCUCGGUGCGGAAUGCUGCUGGGUUGGCCGUCCCAUGCUGUGGGGUCUAGCACAUAACGGUCAGUCAGGCGUGGAACUAAUGUUGAAGCUUCUUUACGACGACUUCAAGCGCUGCAUGCAACUGACAGGUUGCAAAUCGAUAUCGGAGAUUACCACUGCCAGUCUAGCGAUAGCUCGUGCAGACGGACCACUGGCGCGAUUGUGA